AUAAAUAUUUCCAUCUUGUUGUUUAUUUUUAGUUCAUCGCUUAUUGCAUCCACAAAGAGGAAAAUAUACCCCUCUUUCGAAGUCGGGUGAUGACUGGAAAACCUUAAAGAUUUUAGUUUUGAUCUCAUUCAUUUAAACAAAUGCAAUGAAGCGUUGAAAAGAGCAUCAAAGUUGAGUUUAAGAUUGCAUCAAAAGUUGAGUUACAGAUCACCAUCAUAAAGUGUCAUCAAAAAUUUACCGUAUACUUUCAUGAAAUGCAAGUUGUUAUGAAAAUGCAUGUUAUAUGUCAAAUGUAAAAUGAAUGUAAAAUGUAAAAUGGAGCUACAAAAUUUUGUAUAAUAUGUUUUCAUUGCUAAUAAACAGGGGUUUCUUGUUAUAACUAGAAAACGCACCUAAAUUUCAAAUUUCUUUUUAUACCCUUUCAGAAUUUUUCAUUUUUAAGUAUCCUCUUGGAAAUAAGCAGGUAAAUCCGGUCUUCUUUUGAUUAACUACCAACUAACUCUAUCGAUUUAAUCUUAAAAACUAAGAUAUUAAAAAGGUGGCUUUAUACGAAAAAAAUGUAUUUUAGACAAUUUUUUAUUCUAUAGCUUCUAGAACAUUUGAUGAUUGGAGAAUGCACUACCAACACUGAUAUGUUGCUUCACAGCCUCUAGAGGUGUGAAUUUUACCUAUUUCUAGGUGGUGGUUGUGAUUCUGUCCCUUAGAAACCGCACAGCAACGGCUAAGGGGCAACUUGAAAAUGGGAAACAAACGAAACAGAUCACGCCAAAAAAACAAAAAGGAAGAGUAAUUAAUGUUUGAAACAAGCAAAAAUCUUUAUCGAUUAAUGCAAGAGAGGAGACUCAUGAAAGCAAUGAAGAAAACAGUCCUGAUUCUCCACCCUUAAAGAAAAAUAGGCCUGCUCAGCAAGAAGCUGGAGAGAUGGAGAAAACUGUUCGUAGUUUGUAUAGUAAAAAGUUGCAGCAUAGCUUGGAAUGUCAGGCAGAAAAAGAUGAUGAUUAUAACUAAAUCAUAAAGUUUUAAGUUUUAAAGGACCUGAUUACAAUGAUAGGUUGCUGUCCACCAUGUAAGAGUUCUAACAUUGACAUGGAAAAUGUUUUUAACCUACGAAUGGGUUUUCAGUCCACCUUGCAGGUACAUUGCUCUCAAUGUACUUACAAAUAUGCAUUUUCCCCUUCAAAACAGUUCUAUCAAGCUGGCAGAGGCUCUUAAGGACGUCAGAUGUCUGAAAUUAAUGUCCGAACAUUUGUUGCAUUUCUUGAAAUUGGAUGUGGCCACAAAGCCAUUCAAAAUUUCAGCAGGAUUAUGAACAUGCAGUCAUUUUCAGUUGGGGCUUUUGUCAGAAUAAAUGAUUCAUUGUAUGAGACCUAUGAAACAGCAGCACAAGAGAGCAAGAAAAAAGCAGGUGAAGAAGUGUUUUCAAAAUGUAAAGAAAAGAUCAAUGAUGGAAGAAUAGAACUAACACUGUGCUCAUUGGUCGGUACCUGGCAAAAGAUAGGACACAAUUCUGUGGGUGUUGUUGCUGAAGGAAAAUGCAUUGACUUCAAAGUUCUAUCAAAGUAUUGCAAGGGCUGUGCACUAUGGAAACAGAGGAAACAAAGAAGAAAACAAAACCAUUUCUUUCAGGAAGAGAAAGGCUGACUCCAUGCAAAAUUUCUAUGGAAUGGCUAUUCGUGAGCACAGGGGAGAGCUUUACCACAUGAAGAAAGCUGUAUGAGCUAUACUAUGGCAUUGUACAGACUUUGCUGAUGAAGAAUACCGCCAUAGAUUCUGCCCUACUGGAGAUAAGAGCUGGUGCAAAUGGGGGAAACAUCAAUCAGCCAAGGAUGCAAAGAAACAGAAAGCAAAAAUCAAUUUACCAAAGUGGAUUCACGACAUUAUUAAACCAAUUUUUGAGGAUCUAAGCAGAGAUGAGCUGUUGUCAAAGUGUCUCAACGGGCAGACUCAGAAUGCAAUUGAGUCUUUGAACAAUAUGAUUUGGCUUAAAUGUCCAAAGAGAGUUUUUGUUAAGAGCUCUUGAGAUAGGUGGCAAUGCUGCAGUAUUAGAUUUUAAUAAAGGAGCAUAUGGUAUCAGUGAGGUACUAAAGCAGUAUUGCAUUGGCAUUAGGGUAUUUAUGCUGGAUUGCUCUGAUAAGAACAACAAGGCGAGAGUUCAAUCAAUGGAAAGAAAGGCGAUGAAAGAACAAGGGAGAGGAGGAAACAUUUUUUAGCUAAAGAGAAGAUAAAUUCCUACUUUGCCCAGAGAAGUCGCUACAAUUGAUAAGAGGUUUGUAAAUCACCGUCCAUCUGUUGGUACCUUAUUGAUAAAGCUGUUCAACAACCUUUGUAGCAUUAUGGAAAGAAAUGAUCUACUUAACUUAGAGCAACAAAGUAAUAUUUAAUGUGCUAACUUUGAAAAAAAAAUAUUAACCAACCACACUGUUCUUUGUCACAUGAUAAGUAUAGCUGAACUCUAAAAUUAAGUCUUUUGUUUAAAGAAUUUUCAAUGCCAGAAAAUGGUCACCACAAAAUAAUUGCAAAUGCGCGGAAAACAGAGUCUGGGGCCCUUUGCAACGAAAAUUACCAGUGGUUACUACGUUUAACCUUGUAUUCUCUUAUUCUUCUCUCAUUUGAAAUCAAAUUUGACUUUUAUCAUAAAAGCACACAGUUGAUAACCAUCUUUUGGAAGAACCUGUUUACAAAAGGCCUUUGCAAACAUUGCUUGUUUCCAAUGUACGCAAAGUAAAUCUGACUAAACUAAGUACCCUCUUCCUGUUUAGAUGUGCAAAUAGUAUGGAUUACCCUAAAGGGUAUGAUUCCUGUUUUGGCAACAGGUAUUGGAGACUGCCUUUUUAAUUCUGUGGGAAAGUUGCUGUUUGGCACAGAGGCAGUUACACCAAUUUUGAGGCUUUUGUUCAUAACUGGUACCAUUGGUCACAUAGAUCAUUUUAUAGAAGAGUACAGGUCUCAUUACAUCACAAAAGAUUAUGCUGACGAGAUGCUGUAUGUAAUGUCAACGCAGGAAGUUUUUGAAAAAAGACCUGUCAUUGAAAGUACCAGUGUGACUGACAUAAUCAGGUUUGCUGUCAUUAGCGAGAUUACAGAGCUAUCUAAAAAGGAUGCCUAUGCAGGUCUUCUUCAAGAACAAUACCUUGCAACAGCAUUGUUUCGCGGGGUAAAUCUUUAUUGCAACCAUCCAUUUUAUCACGGAUUGAUGGCUCCGGUGUCUUUGUGCGUGUCAAGACCUACUCAACCCAGUCAAUCUUAUGUUCAUGUCAACAGCAAGCUCACUCUUCCCAAAUCACUAUGUUCUGUUGAUUCAGAAAUCAGGGAAGAGAAAGAUGGCAUUUGAGGUUCCAGCUGCAAGCCAAGAGAACAUGUGUGCAGCAUUGAAAAGACUUGGCUGCAUUGCUGUCCUUAAAGAGCGCCAAGAAUGGGUGAGCUGCAGAAAUUGUGGGCUCAGAUAUCAUUCAGCUUGCAGCCGUCUUGGGAGGAAAGAGGAGAAUUUGUUUGUUGCGUGGGCCUGCUGGUAAAAGAGCAGAUAGAGAGGGACAUUAACACAAUACGACACCAUUUUCCUGAUAUAGCUAGGCAGGUUCCCUCUUCGCUCUUUCCUAUACCUCUAAGUUUAGCAAUUAACAUUUCAUUACUGAAGUUGAAUUUUAGCAACAUAUUUACUUUUUCAAGUAGACUUUUGAUAAUGCACUUUGCAAUUUCUACGACCCAUAUUUCCUUACAAUAUUGACAAUGAAAAAUUGUCGAGCUUGUGUAAGCUGCUUUAACAAACGAGCUUGUGUAAGCUGGUUAAAAUUGGGAACCUUGUUUACAAUCAUUUGCUUUCUACUGUUUUUUUGCUUUGACUACUGAGGCAUCUGUCAAAAUACUGCACACCAACAGUGCUUUGCAGCAGCCCGAAACCGUCUUUCCGAGAGACAAUAUUCUAGAGUAUGAUCUUGUCAUCUUUCCUUGUGUUAUAAGGUACAAUUUUGCGUACAUUUUUUUGUUUCAGUAUGUGUUUAGAAAGUCUAUAGAAAGUAUAAUAUUGGGAACACACAUCUUGUAUUAAACACCAUUUAUAUUUAUUCUAAUGUUAAGAAUCAAGAGCUUUUUUUCCAAAUUGGACAAGGAACGGAGCUCUAAAAUGCCCUUUCGAAGGGUUAGAUCAAAGGUGACGCCUCUAUAUAGUUUCAAAUUUUCCAUAAUUACCGUCGACUCUAUGUUAUUUCAACUGUCUGUAUAGGGGAAAUGCAACACAAAAAUAGGCUAAGCUGUUAGCCUUUCAGAGUUUGACAAGAGGCAGGCCAAGACUUGCAAGAUUUCAUCUCAUAUUCCUAUUACAAUAAUGCUUUUGUCUAUAUCCCAAGCUUAUUUCUUAAAAUUAGUAGAGUAUUCGAAUAAGAAGGACUAUUUACCUCAGGGAACCGAGACAAAGUUGGUAAAAUAACAACAAGUUCGAAUAAUAUAGGUUUGAAAAAUAGAGGUUAUUUGAUAGAUUUUGAGGGGACGUGACAAUUUGACUAUUAGUUAGAAUUAGCAAAAGAACGAACUACUCUAGUGCGGAGUAAAUAGAGUCGACUGUACAGGAAUCAUCAAACCUGCAAAUAGUAUUCCUAUGAAUUUAAGUUACAAACAAAUAUGUAAAAUUAAUAUCAGCUUACGAAGUCAUUUAUAUUUUGCAAUCCAUAUUCUAUUAGGUACCUUUGCAACAGCAGCCGUAUGACUGUGGCAUUUAUAUGAUAUAUUACAUAGAAAAGUUAAUGAAAGAAGUGAGUAUUCUCUUACUGCACCAAUAAAUUAUGUUGAAAAUCAGCAAAAUUUAUGCUACAUUGGAAGGCAGCAACUAUGUAGAAGGGUGUUGGAAAGCUUCAAGUAAACCUGUAGCCUAAUAAAUAUCAAAAAGAGCUCAUUGCAAAGAAUACUGAGGAAUUGUACAGUUAUGAUACUAUUGAGUAAAUAAUUUCGCACUUUGAUCAAAUAUGAUUCGAACAUUAAGAAUAAACUUUUCUGUAAUGCUAUCAUCUCUUUUCUAACAGGAAUACAAGAUGGAAGUCUAUUUGGAAAUCGAUAAUUUCUUUAAUAUAGGUGAACAAGGAAGGAAACAAAUAUUGAGAGACAUUUGCAAUAACACAAAACAUUCUAACACGUAAACAGAAAUUUCAUCAAAAAUUAUCUGUUUUCAUCGUUUUGUACAAAAUGUAUAUUCUUUUCCUUUUGUCACUAUUGCACUACAUAGGCAAAAAGCCAUUUGUUUUUUGCUUUCUGUGAGAGGUUACGAAAAAUGUGGGUGUCCACAGGAAAGAUAAAUUUUACAAAAAUCGAGAUUCAUUUCGAAAUCACUAUUGCACUACAGAGGCAAAAAGCCAUUUGUUUUUUGCUUUCUGUGAGAGGGUACGAAAAAUGUGGGUGUCCACAGGAAAGAUAAAUUUUACUAAAAAUCGAGAUUCAGUUCGAAGUUUUUGCUUCCUGUGGAUGUGGGUGUCCACAGGAAAGAUAAAUUUUACAAAAAUCGAGAUUCAGUUCUAAAUUGUGAAAAACUUGGCUGUAGACAUUUCUCUACCUUUGAGAAAAAGGGGACCCGUGCCACUAUUGCACUACAGAGGCAAAAAGCCAUUUGUUUUUUGCUUUCUGUGAGAGGGUACGAAAAAUGUGGGUGUCCACAGGAAAGAUAAAUUUUACUAAAAAUCGAGAUUCAGUUCGAAGUUUUUGCUUCCUGUGGAAGGAUACAAAAAAUGUCGGUGUCCACAGGAAAGAUAAAUUUUACAAAAAUCGAGAUUCAGUUCAAAAUUGUGAAAAACUUGUUUGUAGACAUUUCUCUACCUUUGAGAAAAAGGGGACCCGUGCCACUAUUGCACUACAGAACCCAAAAGCCAUUUGUUUUUUGCUUCCUGUGGAAGGGUACAAAAAUGUGGGUGUCCAAAUUUCAAAUUUCACACUCCAUUCUGUCAUAUCUAUCUACAUGAAUCAAUCAUAUUUUGAUAAGAUCCAUACAAAGCCCCCUAAAAUGCUUGUCUACUGUGUUGUAGAGAGUAACCACCAAUAUGAUUUAACAAAUGGAUCAAAAAAAGGAAUUCCCAAACUCAAACUCAAAAUAUUUUUUUCAACAUAAAAUUGAUUAAUUACAAUAUACCGGUUAACAUAAUUAUACUAAAUAUACAAUAUCCAAGUUAAUUUGGCUAAAUAACAAUGAAUGGUCAACCACAAUAUUUUAUAGAACAGCAAUGAGAAUUAAACAAUUUUAGGCUGAUGGACACAUGGAAAGAACUUUGGGCAAGCUAUCGAGCCAUGUAUCCAAAUUGAUGUGUUUAAAAUGACGUUUUUAAGUUUGAAUAAUAACAGUAAGAUAUAACAAGAAUAAAAUAAAGUAGAACGAAAUAAAAAUAAGACUAUGUGUAAUAUUGUAAUAACAGCUAAGUGCAAUUAUAAAAUAAUCAUAAAGUAAUCAAGCCUACAGAUGUAAAAUUUUGUUUAUAAGAAAAUAUUUCAUCUGUUUCACAAAGUGGUGUUUAUUAUCCAUCUUUUUUAACUCUAUAGGUAGGGAGUUCCAAAAUUUAAUACCAUCAAAAGUGAGAAAGUUUUUUUUUAAAGUUUUGUAGAAAUGGAUGGAAGAGAAAAACCUUCAGAAGAAGAUUGCCGUGUAUUAUAAUUGUGUACAUUUUUGUUUUUACAAACUCGCCUUCAAGAGAAGUUUUGUCAGAGCUAAUUUGAUAUAUCAUUUUUGCUGUCUCAAGCAGGUAAAGUUUAUCAAAGUUAAAUAUUUUAAGUCGUUUAAAUAUAGGUUCACUAUGUGCAGUGUAGUUUGCAAAGUCGAUUACUCUAACUGCUUUUCGUAAGUUACGUUUUAAAGGUUCCAGGGUAGUUUUAUUAGCACAACCCCAAUUUAAUAUACCAUAUAGUACAUGUGAUUGAAUGAAUGAGGAGUAUAGUCUUAAGAGGUUGUUUUGGUACCAGAUGUCUUAAUUUAUAUAGCACUCCGAUUCCUUUUGAUAAUUUUAAAUUUAUUUGCUUUAUAUGCAAUUUCCAGGUAAGCUUAUUAUCAACUAUUACUCCAAGAUAUUUAGUGUAAUUUUCUUGUUUGAGAUCUCUGUUAUUAAUUUUAAUUUUAUGUUUCUAUCAGUUUUACGAGAGCUUAUCAGCAAGAAGUUCGAUUUAGAUACAUUUAGCGAUAGCUUACUAGCCAAUAACCACACAGAUACCCUUUGUAACUCCGAAUUGGUGGUUUGUUCUAGGAUAUCAAGAUUUUUGUUAGCCAAUAAAAUACUGGUGUCAUCUGCAAAUAGUCGAAACUGAAGAAUUUGAGAAGAUUUAUAGAUGUCAUUUAUAUAAAUCAAGAACAAUAGUGGCCCAAGUACACUACCUUGUGGGACACCACAAUUGAUAGUAAGCUCAUUUGCAUUAACGCCAUUAAUUGCAACUUUUUGGGUUCUUUUAGUUAAGUAUGAUUUAAACCACAAGUAUGUAAUACCUCUGAAACCAUAAUGUUCUAAUUUUUCUAGCAAAAUAUCAUGGUUAACUGUAUCGAAAGCCUUUGAAAAAUCUAGAAAUAUGCUGCAAGAAAACAUUUUAUUUUCAAUAUUAUUGAUUAGUUCUGAUUGAAGGUCUAAAAUUGCUAAAGAUGUAGAUUUGUUUUCCUGAAAUCCAUAUUGCUGUUCAAAAAUUAUUUUUUUUAUUCAGAAAUUUAACCAUACUUUUAUUAACUUUUCAAGUAUUUUGCUGAAGUUAGGUAAAAUUGAGAUAGGUCGAUAGUUUCCUUAUUCUAACUUGGAUUUACCUUUAUGAAUAGGCGUAACUUUUGCAAAUUUUAAUUUUUCUGGAAAGGCACCAAGAGAAAAGGAUGAAUUGGCGCUAAGUGCAAAAGGCCCUGAAAUAGUCAGUCAUACGGACCAAUUUUAUAAGUUUAGAGGGAGUAUCAUACAAAUCAUUUGAUUUGUUUUCAUCUAGAUUGGCAAUGAUGUCAUUUACUUCUUCAGGUUGACGCAUGUUGCAUGUUGACAUGGUUUUGUAAAGACUCUGUUGCAGAUGCGUUACAGAUUGACGUUUUUGUUUUAAGAAAUUUUUUGUUAUGUUUAUUUUUAAUCGAGAUUGACUUCAAGAUUCCUUUGGUUAUCCCGGGUUUUAGUCUUUGUUUGUACAUUUUUCGUGAAACCGGUUUUAAUGGAGCAUGUUUUUGCAUAUUAUUAAUUAGUAUAUAAUGAAAAAUGUUAUAUUGCUCGUCUGCACCUUGAAUUAAGUUUAAUUUUUCAUCCAAGUUUGAUUGGCGCAAGUCAUGUAUAUAAGAAUCUAGGUUAAAAUUGCUAUAGUCGCGAUAAAAACCUCUGUUUUUACUUUUUGAUUUAAGGUUGAUACUUUUACAAAAUAUAAAGUUUGGUAAAUGAUCAGAGAUUUUUGUUAUUAAAUUUCCACUUAGUUUUUCAUGUUCUAUUGAAUUUAAAAAAAUAUUGUCAAUGAAUGAUGGUUUAUUACUAUUGAUAAUUCUAGUGGGCUGGAGUAUAUGUGGCUGGAAAAAGUUUGAAAGCAUGAGAUUUAUAAACUUUUCGGUAUAUUCAUCUGAAUCAAUGUUUAAAAGAUUAAUAUUGAAAUCUCCAGUAAUAAAGACUGUCUUCUUUUCCUUUCGAAGUUUACUAGAGAUUAUGUUUGUUAGAUAUUCUAGGAACUCAACAUCAUUUCUUUUCUUUGGGUGACGAUAAAUAAUAGCAAUCAAGAAGUUCUUAUUGUUCUGAGAUUUAAUUUCGGUCCAGUUUGCUUCAAACUCACUACUAUUAUCUGAGUGAGAAAUAUUUAAGUCCUCUCGAGGAUGAAAAGAUAGUUCUUCAGAUACAAAAAAGCAGCAGCCCCCUUUCAUGCUUUUACCAGAUGUUCCUGUGUAUUUUUGAUACCCUUGUAAGGUUAAAUUUUCAGUAUUUGAUUCAUUGUUAUUGGUUAUCCAUGUUUCAGAUAGUGCAAUAAUGUCAAAUUUAUGUUCUAAUGAAGUAGUUAAUAACUCUAAGUUUUUAUUCAAAGAGCAAAUAUUUGUGUGCAUCAGACUAAAAAAGGGUGAGUGUUCAGAAUUUAGUUUCCUAGUUAACUUAUGAAAUUCAUGCGUUGUAUAAAAUUUGAAAUUAGCAUUUAGGUUUAAGUUUUUAUCAAUAUCGUUAUCUGAUUAAGAUCAAGUUUAUCUAGAUUCAAUUCUGUAAUAGUUACUAAACAUUCGUAGUCUGUCAGGUCUUUUGUUACGUCAUUACAAAGACAUAGCUCAUUAGAAUUGAAGUUACUGGAAAGAAUAUCCUGAGCGUGAACAGAAUUGAAAGGAAAAACAUGGUAGCGACAGCUAGGGCAAAGCCAUUGUUGUGCGUCAGCACCUAGAUUUAAAAUAUCUUGUUCUGUUAAACCAGAGCAUUUCCUGAUGUGAAUAUAGCUUUUUCAAUAUUAUUAACACGUUUAUCGCAAACAGAGCAGGAUUUGUUAAAGUAAAUAAUCGAAUGGUGUUGCUUCUUGUCUGCGGAAAUUGCUCUUAAGAAUGGAACAUUUCUCAUUUUUUGAAAAUGUAACGCAUCGGCAACACAGUCUUUACAAAACCAUGUCAUAGAGGUGUCAUUUCCUAGUUCUUUAAAUCUUUGAAUUGAUAAUUUGCUACACCUAACGUGAUACCAAUUGCAACAUCCGUCACAAUAUAUUGGAUUCUGACUCUCCAGAGCCAAUAAUUUGCAGUUCGGGCAUGAAUAUGAAUAACUACUCAUUUAGAUUGUGGGGGUUAAUUAUGAAAAUCUGUUUGCCCUGCCUUGAUACUGGUGAUAAAAUGCUAAAAAUAAUAAAAAUAUUAAUGUUAAUAAUGAUAAAAAUAUUAAUGCUAAUAAUAAAAAAAAUAUUAAUGUUAAUAAUGAUAAAAAUAAUAAUGGUAAUAGUAAAGGGCCUAAUCUGAAACAACAAGAAAGGCAUGAAGUGUUAACAUGGGUAAAGUUUAUACGGCAUCACCUGAGUUUCAAACAAUCUUUUUUGUAAUGUCCAAUUCAUUUCUGAUAGUAACAAAUGCUGAAUCCUUAUUUUUUCUGGCAAAGAUAACCCCAUACCUGGUCCACACGAAGUCCCAUCCGAUUUCCUUUUUCUUAUCUCUUGCCAGUUUCAAAAGAUACUUAUUUUUUUGGUUAAAGAUUCAUUGAUGAAUACUCUAACGUUAGCAGCUUUCAACCCAAGAUCUUUUCCUGAAAUGUUUCUUGUCUCUUUUCUUUUUUGCAUGAAAGCAUCUCUCAAUUUCCUAUUUCCAAAUUUGCAGAUGAUAGUAGUGUCGUUCUCUGGUCCGACACGGUGGCAGGCUUGAAUUUCUGUAGCAGCGCAUUUCACCCCAAGCUUUUCACCCAGCUUAAUCACCAAAGACUCUGUUUUCUCGUUUUCUUCUAUAGGAAUUCCAUUUAUUUCGACACAGUCUCUACGGCCGUACUGUUCUAGAUCGUUGACUUCGUUAUGGACUCUAUUUAUUUCUGCUUGUAGCUUUCCACCUUGUUUUUUGAGCACUCCAUUUUCGGCUUCCAAUUUUAUGUUUUUGUUGAGGAUGGUAUUGGUUAUUUUCCUUUGGUUUUCAUACUGGGUAUUGAUGAACUCUAUUGACUUUUCAAAAACCAUCAAUCGCUUUUCCAAUUUUUCAAAAUCCUCUGUAUGUUGCGAUGUCUGUGAUUGAACUCCUCUUAGUAUCAGAAGGAUUUCGUCUAUUUUCUCGUUGGUAGUAGCAGAUUCCAUACUUGAAAUAUACGGUUUCGACGAGUUUCUCACAUUUUUAUGAGCGUUGAAAAACACGUCCGCAUGCCAGCACGACAUGCACAAAAAACCAACUUGUAUAUGUUUUGAAAACACCAAGGAAUCAUAAAAAUAUCUCACCACAGAUCUUUCCAUUUGCUAGCCUUUUACCAUUGCUUUGGAAUCAACCCUUUUUUUAUUUAAUAUUCCUGCUGCUUAUACAAAAUAUUGACCAUCUUUACCUCUUUCGCAGAAAGCAUAUUCCUAGAAACCUUGAUGAAUUUCUAUGUCUAGAGAAGACAGCCAUGACAAGGCUAUCAAAAAAUGAUGAUCCAGGAGCAGAUUGAUGAAGAAGUUAAACUCGAGCUUCUAGCAAAUGAAGAACAGGAGUUUACAGCAGCCUAUUCAAAAAAUUUUGCAAGGCAGGAUUAUGGAGAUUUGUCUGAGGAGAUUAUGAAGGUGAAUGAAGUGAAAUGUGUUGCAGCCUUGUCACAACUAAUUUCCCUUCUGGGUACAAAAUGUCGACAAGAAAAUUGCAGUGAAAGUUUCAAGGAAAUAUGGAAUUUUGUAAUACAGUACUGCAUUAAGCUUGAAUGCAUUUGUAAAAAAGGCCACAAAUGGGUAUUCGAGUCCCUUUUAUGCUGCAGUCUUUUAUCUGGUGGUGAAAUCACACAGUUCAAGAGAUUUUGUAACUUCAGCGGUAUAGGUGGUGCUCUUUGAUAAAAAGCAUUGACGGCAUGGAUGGUUUUAAGGUCAGCAGCUUGACCUUUUGUGUGAAAAGAAUUUUACGUCAGCUGAAACCCGAACCAUUGGCGACUUGUUGCUGGUGCUGUACCCUGUUUGAAUCUUGUUGCUGGUACUGUCCUUUCAACAGGAGGCAAAUGCAAAGCAGGAAAACCUCCAUCAGCUCGUUUUGAAAUAUUCCCCAGCUCAUCUCAGGAUACAUCUUCACAGUUUUCAAGCUUUGGUGGUGUAAUUGAUGCUGAACUUGGCUCUCUGUUCGAAGAUCUUUCGACAUCAACUGUAUCAAUAUCAACACAAACUGAUUUCUCUUUUGUUAAUUCCCCAACAUACCUUCCAAUUGAUUUUGAAAAGAUGGAAAAUGAUAUAAUGGAUUCAUUCAUCAAAAGUGACACUCUGCAAUCUCAAAGUCAAGAGCUCGCAGCCAAAGUAAUUGAAUUAGAAAAUCAAGUGGAACAGCUAGAGUUGCAGCUCGAGUUAAACUGUCUCUUUUUCCAUUGAAAAGUUAAAGUCAGAUAGUUCUGCAACAAAGUUUUACACUGGUUUUCCAAACUUUCCAACACUGAUGUCAACAUUUGAGUACUUUGAGCCUAAAGUCCUGCAAAUGCAAUAUUGGCGUGGUAACAAGUCUUCACAAAGCUAUGACGAUCAUCACAGCAAGUGUUCACGUGGCCCAAGCGCUCUCUCACUCAUCUGGAAGAAUUCAUUCUUGUUCUGAUGAGUCUAAAAGUUGGUUUGUUUUUUGAUGAUUUAGCUGCUCGUUUUGGAAUUUUUUUCCAGUCAGGUUUCAAAAAUCUUUACAACAUGGAUUUGUUUUCUUUACCACGAACUCCCACUGCUUUUCAAACCCCCUUCUCAAGAGGUUGUUCGUCAAGGCAUGCCUGCUCAAUUUAAAGAUUUCCCAACAACGAGAUUAAUAAUUGAUUGCACAGAAAUAUUUGCAGAGGUUCAAUCAUCUAUGAAAGCACAUUCACAGACAUGGUCCGAAUACAAGCAUCAUAAUACAUGGAAAGUUUUAAUUGGCAUAUCACCCUCUGGCCUCAUUACCUUUACCUCAAAGUUAUGGUCUGGUAAGGUCUCUGAUAAAGAAAUCACUCUUAAGUCAGGUGUUCUAGCACUUCUUGAGGAUGGUGGUAACCUAAUGGCUGACCGUGGCUUUGAUGUCAAAGAUAUUCUUCCUCCUGGAGUGACUCUAAACAUCCCACCUUUCAAGGGUACAUGAGCACAACUGACAGCGAAUGAGACAGAAGAAACUGCUCGCAUUGCUUCUGUACCCUCUAUAUGUACAGUAUACAAUGAUAUAAUGUAAAGAUUAAACACACACCAAUACUUUUAAGCAUACACAACGUUACAUCUAUGUAUGUAUAGUAUACAGUGAUAUUAUGUGAAGAUUAAAUACAUACCAAUUCUUUAGAGCAUACACAAUGUUUACUUGAAUACAUAUUUAACUUAUAAAAACUUCUUAAAAGGCUUAAAGAAAUUAUUUUAUUUAUUAUUAUUAUUAUGUUUAGCCAACGAUACUGAACAUUAUUACAAACAGGAUUUAUUUUGUGUGUGUAUAUCUUAAUAAUAACAAGAAAUUAUUUGAAUUUAUCAAAGUUUUUCCAAUUUCCAUGUAAAUAUAAUUUGAAUUCACGUUUCACUCGCUUAGUGAAAAAUUCAGGAAUAAUUUCUCUCCAUUAAAAUAAGUGAAGCUAGGGUGGCAUGUACGAUAAAACAAAUUCUUCAUCAUAUUGUAUUGACUCCACAAACAAUGAUUCACUACCAGCAAACCAAACAACAAAAUCAAUACGUUUAAAAACAGCACAAAACAUUUGGCCUUGAACUUGAUAAUAGUAUUGAUGUUUGCGCUUGAUAGUGCCGCCAUUAUUCUCCAAGAAGAACUUCUUAUCUUUGAGUGCAUCCUGAAGAGAGAUUUUGAACUUGGAGAAUGGACAUUUUAUUUCCAAACCCCAUCUUUCAUUGUUAAAAGAAACCAUGCCAUCCAAAAAUGCAGCAAGAAAAGAAGAAGAAGAAGAUAAUUGGAGGCCAGUUUCAGAAACAAUGACAUUCAGGCCAUGCUCUUUCAUGUAGAUUGUGUAGAGCUCAAUGGCAUGUCCUUCAAAUUUCUUGCCAUGGUUGGUUGCUAAGGUUGAGAAACACUUGAAAAACAUAUCCAAUUGCUGUUGGAGGAUUGACCAAGGGUCACCUUCUCAAUGUCAGAAAUUUUUUUCAGCAGACAAAGAUAGGCUAUGACAAUAAAUGUUCAUCAUAUCUUUAGAAGAUUGUUUGGAGAUAUCGUAACACUCAUUGAAAGAGACUGCUUUGGCUAAAGAUGGAUCUUGAGUAUCAGUUCCACUGGUGAAAGCACUGUCACUUGAAGAAGGAAGAUCAGAUUCUGAAGCUGGAUAAAAACCUAAAGAAUCCGCUAUUUGGCAUGAAUUUUGUUAAUUUUGAUUUUAAAAUUUCAAGAUCUUUAAUGGUCACGGUUCUAUGGCUGGUAAUGCGAGGGUCAAAUGAUUUUGGAACAUCAUAACCAUCAUAAUUCCUUCCAAACUUAAUCUUCUUCAUUACAACUCCAUCAAUUGGAUUAAAAGCUGGAUUAAAAGACAGAAGGGCAGAAGCAUUUGGCACAUUCCAUGAGGUUAAUUUUGAUGUGCAGAAAAACCGCUGAUUCAAAUCCUUGAAGACCACGCCGGUUAAAAUCUUCCAGGGCAAAGAGAACUCCACCAACAUGGUUGCAGCUUCCAAACCCACCAAGACCAAUGCCAGCAGGACAAGAACAGGCAGCAGAGCAAACAUCACCAGAAAGAUUUGAAAGCUUUUAAAUUACUUUAUAGAGAACCUUCUUCAUAGAUGCCUUGACACGAACAUUUAAGAAAGUAAACUCCUUUUUCUUAGCUACAUCAAUCUUAGUGAUAAAGCCUUCAAAGAAAAACUGAAUUGCUUUCAGUUUCUUGUAGGCAGUACUCUUAAGAAGGAUGUGCUUGAAUUUUGAUGUUCGAAUAACCAAAUAUCCAUAGAGCUGCAGAAAAGUGAAAUGGGGUGUUCCACAUAAGUCAGCUGUCCAAGGAAGAUGCUUGCACUGAUCAUAAAUAGCCUCAAAUGUGAAAUCAUUUUCGUGACAAAGUAAGGAGGACUCAUCUGAAAUGUCAUUGGAUUGAGAAUUGAAAUUCUUUGCAUGAGAAAAGACAGCAUGUGCACGAAGAAUAAGGUCGGCUUUGACACCGGAAGUUUUCUCCCUGUAUUGUACAAGAAUAUGCUUCAAUUCUUUAUAAGUCAGUGCGCCAAGAUCUUCUAAACAAUCAACUUUCUUUUCCUUUGGCAGCAACAAUUUGAAUGCAUCCAUUUCAAUGAAAAAUCAGGCGUAAAAAAUUCUUAAAUGUAGAAAUAUAUAAUCGACUCUGUAGAUGUCCAAAGAGGCCCAAACGUUUGCACAGCCGACUACAUCAGUUGCCUCUACUCCAAGCGCUCCUCUCUCUUUCAAACACCGCGUGACGUAAUUGUGAAGGGGGUCCUUUGGGCUUAUACAGCACUUGGGGUGAAAUCAAAAAAAGGGUGCCUCAAGGCUCAAUCCUAGCUCCACUGAUAUCUGUAAUUUUGUCGAUGAUUCCUCCCUUUAUGCAACACAUGUCAAUUUGCAAAACAUUUAAAAAAAGAAACUAAAAAAGAUGCAAUCAACAUCAUCAAAUGGUUUUCAGAUAAUAAAAUGAAGCUAAAUAAGAAUAAAAAUAAUACAUAUCGAUGAUGCUGGGUGCUAUAUGUAGCCUUCUUGCAAUAAAUUUUCAAAAAAUGUGCAUUAUCCUCAAAAAGAUGCGAAUUUAUUUAAUUUCGCGGAUUUUUUUGUGUUAUAUGCGGAUUUUGUAUUCAUAUUGAUGAUGCAGAGUGCUAUAUGUAGCCUUCUUGCAAUAAAUUUUCAAAAAAUGUGCAUUAUCCUCAGAAAGAUGCGAAUUUCAAAGUCAUUAUAAAUUAACAAUAAAACAAAGACUAGUUUUUCAUAAUUUUAUCAUAAAACAAAGAACAGUUUUUCAUAAUACAGCUUCAUGGUUGAGACCAGCUCAUAAGAAUCUACAAACAGAUUCAAGCGAAAAAAAAUAAUGAACGCUUGUCUUUGGCUUGUCUCUCGUUUUUCAGCAGCUAUUUUAUGCAAUGAUGGUUAGAGUGUUCGCAAAGGUGCAUGGUAGUCUCUGGCUGACAUCAAAACCAUUUGUUUGUGUGUUUUUUUAUUGCAAACUAUCUAGGACUGCAGGACCAAAAAAGGUGAUUACAUAAAUAAGCUCAGGGUUAGAGGCUCAAUUUCAUAGUCAAAAGUCAUUGGACAUUGACAGAUGGAAAACAAAGUCACAAGGCAUUUUAUGAUGUGAUGGGGAUAAAGUGUAACCAUGUCUUUUGAUUGCCUCUCUUUGAAAUACUGAAUGGCUUCCUGCUUUCUUUUGCGAUUUGGAAAUUGAUCCAAAAGUGAGCCUAGAUUCUUUCUUUCAUAUUUAUUGCUGAUGGUUGCUAGGUCGGUCUUGGCUUCAAACAGCAGCACAUCUUUAUCCUGUUAAAAACCAAAAACAUUUUAUGGUAUUUUGAAAAACUAUUCAAAUUAAAUUGAAUAAUGUGUAAAAUGUAUACCACACCAUAACAGGUAUCUUUCUCACAAUUUCUUCACCUAGUUUGUAUUUGGGAUAAGAAACUUUGAAGUAUUCGUCUCCUGUGUUUGACAUCAUCUGUUUUUUUUAAGGUUUCCACUAAAAUGCAGUGUUGCCAAUGCAUGUCAAGAAAAAAUGAUAUUUGAAAUUUGCACCUCUAAUCUCUAUUUAAAUAUUCUUGUUGACUCCCCUUAUGAUAAUGUAAUUGAGGGCAACAUGUAUUUUGGAUAAUUGAAUAAAAAGUCAAAAUUACAUUUAUAUAUGGAAAACAUGCUCAAUUUUUCACAUUAUUUUUUCACAUCAUACCAUUCCAUUACAUUCCAGCUUUGCUCUUUGCAAGAAUCUCAGUGCAAACUUUAACCUUACAUCCGUUCCCAUCCAGGAGAAAUGCAGCAUUUUUGGGUGCCAUUGAUUUAGAGUUGAAUGAAAACUCUCAAGACAACUGGUUUGGUCACUGUAUGAUAGCAUCUUAACUGCACCGCAAAGUUUUGGAUCAGAUACAAUUGCCUUGAGUUUAUCAAAUAGCACUGUACCUGUAAAGUAUAUAUGGAAAAGUGAGAAAAAAACUACCUGUUUUCCACAAACUAGCGUUAUUGAAACAGAAUAUCAAAAAAAGGAAUGAUGUAUAAUUACCUAUUUUGAUCCAUUUUCUUCUUUCAGUAAUUGGUUCAUGGACACAAUUUUAAAAUAGGGGGACCCCCUCCCCUCCCCCCAACAAGGGAUACCUCCUCCCGGAAAGAAGAAACAAUUUUAUACUCUUCCUGUAACCUUUUUGCAACAAUUGUAACUUAUUAACAUUGACAUGUAGUAGUUGAACUUUCAAAGUAUGGCAUUUAAGUAUGAACUUUGAAACAGAAACACAUAAAAGCAGCAAAUAAAAGUGUUUAUCUUUUGACCACACCCUUACUGCAUGAGACGCACCCUUUUUGUUGGCAAAAACUACUUAUUUACCCCUGUAAAAAAUUUUGGCUCCACCCCGGAGGAAAUCUAUAAAAUUUGAUGAAUGUUUUAUUUGCACACAUGUAUUUUGUAGAGCUUCAAAUUGGAAGGGCUUGACUUUUUUAUUUGACACACAGAAUAUAUUUUAUGCAACAACAAUCCAUCUACUCAGGCAAAAACAUGUAAAGAAUAUGGCUGCUUGUUUCCAAAUCUGAGAGAAAAGCUUAUUAAAAACUAGAUGCUAAUUGGGGGAGGGGGGUUUCUUGAGAGGGGAGCUUAAACAAAUGCUAAUUGUUCUGCUGCUCAUCAAAUUCACAUUCAAAAAGAAUUUGUUGUAUUUUAAUUUUUGCUUUUCUGUUCUGCUUGUCUGGGAGCUUCUUCAAAAUUGGUAUAAUACUUUCCGCAAAGCUAACGUCUGCAUCAAACACCUUUAACUUUGGUACACCAUCAUCCUACAGGGCUUCAAUUAAUAGAAGGUUUUUCCAACUGAGUCGAUAGAAGGUUUUUCCAACUUCCUUUUUCCGGUGUUUGAUUUGGGUCUACUACCUCCUACUGGGGUGGGUGUAAUGCUGGCAGGACUCUCAGGAAGAAUCAUAUCAGAGGAAUCUUCAAUAUUGAGGUUGCUGGUAGUUGGCCUGUUUGUGACAGAAUCUUUUAUAAAAGUCAUCUGAUCAAACAUUUUACAUUUCGGUAGUUUUCCGGCUGCAGCCCCAGAACGUGUCAUCAGUUCCCUUUUUUUGAUGCACUUUCUUUAAGGUGUCCUCUGGAAAAUCAGAAUUCCAAAUUCAUCAGAAUUCGAAAAUGCAAAUUCAUAGAACUCAAUAUCGACGUUUUCGAUCUUUUAGUGACAAAAAUCUAGUUGAAAUGUGUUACUUAACAAUUUUUUUUAAAAUUACAUUGAUAUAAAUAUUUGUAUACCACAUCAUACAUACAGAAAAAGCUCUAUUAAGCCCCUCUUAUCAAGCAAAAAUUUUAAAUAAGCCCCCCUCUCUUUUAAGCCUCCACUUUAGAACUAAGAAGUAAAUGAGCUCCCCUGACUUUGAGCUUUUACGGUAUAUUUACAUAUGGUAUACCAUGCUGCAAAGUAUGUUUUGUCAAGUUAUUGUUAAAAAUCAACGUUAAUGAGCAAGAAAUACACAUUGAAAACGAAAUACAAACGAUGACAAAGAAACAGAGCCAAAAGGCUGUAAAAAUUUAUGAAAUGCACGAGGAAGUACGAUAUUACAUUGUGUAGAGUAGGCCUAAACACGUCAUGAAAAUUGAAGGAAAAAAUCAAACAAAAGUUACCCUCUUUUUCAAAUUUCUGACUCAGUUCCUGCCAAGAUUGCUGCUUUUUAGGGCCAUCUUUAUAAGAUCGGCAUGAAGUAUCCCAUAAACAACGAUAUUGUUUAAGUUCCUCAAUAAAUAAUUCUUCAGACCAUUCCGUCUGGGAUUCCGUCUCUUCCUCGACAAUUGUAUCGCCCGUGCUUUCAUUUUCAAACGCAAGAUAAUUUGAAUUUACUGUAGGGGAUUGACUUUGCUGAAACUGGCGUAAAAUCGACAUGACUUCUGGCCUUAUUGUUAUUUUUUCCAUCCUUUGAACAAGAUUUUCUCAGCAUAGAAGAGCGUGGAGUUGAUUUUUCGGAUAAGCGCCAAAGAAAACAAGACAGGGUGAUGAGGCAUUUUAUGUAAACCAGACAAGAAAACAAAGCAUCUAAUUGGUUUGUGAGAAUCUGGUCGCAGAAAAGUUAAAAUCUAUUCAACUCCCAAAAGCAGUCGCGCGAUCGCCAGUGCAAAGGGGAAUCACUGCCAUUGGGGUAAAUGCGCAUGCCCAGAACAACAGUCGUGCCAGAUUCACCGAAGUGGAAACCCGCCUUUAGAUCUUUCAAGCUGUUUUCGGAACAGAAUUUCAUCAAAACCUGUCUUGUUGUGGCCUCCUCGAUAAAAACUCUUUUCUUCAAGCUGGUAAAAAAUUAUAGGCACAGAGAUUAGAUAAGGUCAAUCAGUGACUGUUAACAGCUAUAACCAGCACCAAAAUUUAACUGCUGACAUGAAACUUCACAUUUUCAAACCUUUUUCACUGUAUGAAUACCCAAACCAUUGGAUGUACUAAAAUGAUAUCCACAAACCUAAAAGGCCAUGCCAUCAUUCCUUCAUCUUAAUUAUUUUAACAUUUAUCAAACUUAUAAAAACUAUGUAAUGUUCUUAUCAGCCUUUCAAUAUUGGCAAUGUUGACAUCUCAUCUUCUAUAUCAACCUUUCGUGCAUACACAUUGGAAACUCAGGAAAGUUGCAUCGCAAAGGAUGAUACGUGGAAAUCCACCACAUCUGGUACAAAAGAAAUUGUCUUAGACGUCAACUUGAAGCAGCUUGAAAAAUGAAUACCAUGCCACUCUCCACUGAUGGUAAGUAAGGCAAUGUUCUAUUAUAUAGCCAGCUGCUGCGAGGUUCAUUUCAAUACAAUUAGGUAAUUCAAAAGUGAUUGGCUAAGAGAAAGGAAAGAUAAAGUUCUACAAAACUCACAAAUAUCCUUAAAUAAGUACCACAGAAAAAUUGUCAUUUUAUAGUUGUAAACGCUAUAUUCAAAAAGCUAUCUAAAGAAGGUACCUGUUUCCUGAUACGAAGUGGUGCAAGUAGUUCAUGAGAACAUCAUGACCAGUUAGAAAACUUCCCAUAUUCCAUACCCCCUUCAGUCAAUCAUCAUACAAUUUUGUGUGCUGAUGCAUGUCCUUGUUACAUUUGAGAUAUGGAACUAGCAAAGCAGAUUAUUGGAAACCAAAGAAGAUAACUGGACACAACAACAUAGGAAAAAGGAAAAUUGAAAACUUUGUCUGGAUUUAGACAAACAGAAGAAUUUCACAAUGCAUCAGUUAAGCAAAUAUUAAUAGAAUUUUUCUAAUUUGACAAAAGUGUAUAACAACAGUUCAGUUAGCAUUUGGAUCCAUGUAAAACAUUUUUAGCUUCCACUUGUUAAUUUAAAAUGAGUUAAUUUAACAAAGACUAUCCAUCGUUCAAGAGCACAAUAUUCUUAGUUAAUGCAGUCCUUACCAUAAACAUCAAUGAUCUUAUUCUGCAUUAAAGUCUCUUCUUAUCCUUUUCUCAAAAAACACCACAUGUUUCGCCACAAGCAUUCUGUCCAACAUCAGUAAAAUCAGGAACCAAUUGAAAGAUGUUUUCGUCUGUAAGCUGAACAUUAGAACAAAGCAAUCCAUUGAAUACGGUUCUUUUGAAUGGUAAUGUCUCCAUGGGAAUUAUUCUCUCUGAAACUGCUUUUCGUACAUAAUUUUUUAAAAAGGAAGUUUUCAAAUUUUCACAUGUCUGUAGAAAAUCAAUUAGAAAAUUCAGGGAUAGUAGCUUUUUCUAUGGUAAGUGUGACAUUAAAACAGGUCACAUGUUUACAAGAACGCUGGUUAUUCGAAUCGAGACACUUAAAACCACCCAUGUCCAUUCCAACAACUCCAUACCCACCAUCUGUUGAUCGCACAUAAACAAGAGACUCCCUAGUCAAUGACAGUUCAACAAAGGCUGGAAGUUUCCAGACAGUCUUUUAUAGACAGCCAGAUUGCUUGUCUUUCUAUAAGAACAUUGUUUAUAAUAGGAAAACAAGGGGCUCGAAAGUCAACAAAAGUCUGACUUUUUUAAAAAAUUUUCAUGUUCAUUAUGCUUUGUUGCUGGUGGUUGGAAACAAAUGUGACUUUAUGUGAGUUCUUUGCAAAGUUUCAAUGAAUGGAAACAGUUACUUCAGAAUAAUUUUAAAAUAUCUUAAGGCCUAAAAUGUAAGUCUUUUUAGAAUAUUGAAUCCCAACAAAAUACAAGGUAUUAUUAUAAAAAUUUGUAUAAAAUGAUUUUCUUAUCUUGUAGAAACAACACUUCAGUCUUGCAUUAAUUGUCAUUCGUAUUUUUAAAAUUAGAUUUAUAUCACAGACUUUGUAGCUAAUAAACUUCUAAAUCAUCUUCACUAUACUGAAGAUCAAAGAGCAGUUGGCUUAUUUUAAUCUUAGCAAGGCGUUUCUGUUUUUUUGUAUCAAACUUCGACAGUACAGAGAGUCUUCAUCUUCACUGAUAGAUUUUUAGAGUGGUUCGUCACAGUCGACCAGUGACUUACUCCAUCUGAUUCGCUCAAGGCAGUGCAUGCCUUCAAGUGUGACGUUAUUUUUCUAUUUAUCUUCUUCGACAAAGUUGCAGUAGCGGAACAGCUACUUGCGACACUGCCGCUAGGACUUGGCAUGGAGAACUGGAGCUCUUCUGCCUGUACAACAAAUCCAGCUUCCAUUGGGGAAAGGUUGCUCUCCAUAAGUUUAUUUGCACUUUUUUCAUGCAAGAAUGCAAUUUGCUCAAAAAAUUUACAUUUUGGCAACGUUGCAGCUGCAGCACCAGACUGGGUCAUGUGAUUUCGCUUGUCCAAACAUUUUUCAAAGUAUCUUCCAGAUUCUUUAAUUGUUUCUAAAGAAAGUCAACUGAAAAAAUGGAGCAAUCUGCAUUUACUCUAGGCGUUCUAAAAUUUUCUAGACAAAGACACUGUUCGCAGUACACUUUUUGCAGUCUGUUUGUAGUAUCUAGUUCUUUGAAAGACUAAAACUUACUAUUUUUGUUGAACAUAGCUGAUAGCUUUUUCCACGAAUUUUACUUUGCUGUUCUGUCUUAAUACAUUGGAUGAUUCACAUCCCAAUGACAUUGCAACUCUUUAAUGGCUUUAAUGAAUGCUUCUCUUUCCCACUCUACACUGUCAGUUAUCUCAUCCUAUAUAAAAAGAUAUAAAUAUAAAAGAUAUAAAAAAUACCCCAUAAUUAGUUUCAUCAUCAGAACUCCCAUCAGAAAGUUAGAUCAUUUCUAUCAUAACAUCAAUUUUCUGCAAGCCCUGAAUUCAAGACAAAAUACAAAAAAGAGAUUCUCCGAUUUUAGGGGGCUCUGCAGCUUUAUAUCUAUAAGAAAAUACUGAUCAAUUAUUUCUAUGUUUUUAGAUAGGGGUGCAUUGUAAAAAAUAAAGCAAACAAAUAAGCUCACCGUGUUUUCUUCAUCUUCACCAUCUCCAUCGACCAAAUCAGGAGUCUGUGAUGACUGAAGCUGUUGCUGUUGAGAAGCCAAAUAAACAGCCAACAUUUCAGGGUUUUGAAGAAUUUCUGAGAGGUCGUUUAUUUCAGACAUAUUGAUAGAACCCUAAAACUUAAUAGAGCCUGCCGUCAUCAAUUUGAAUUUUGAAUGUUGUAUAAUGAUCCGAUCAUCUAAAUCUUAAAUAGGGUGUUUGUGUAGGUAGGGGAGUGUUUGAGGAAAGAAUGGGGAACAAUGGAGAGAGAAAAGAGGUAGGCCAUCAGAAAUAAAAAACAACAGUUAGCUGUUAAGAUUUUUCCUUUUUGCAUGUAAUUAGCUGUGGCAUAGUUCUUGUUUGUACGUUAUAAGCCCCCCGACAUAAAAAAAAUCACUGGUUCUGAUAUAAAGCGGAAUCCAAUUUCGCUGGAAGUUAGUGACCGAUGCUGUUUAUUUGCUCAAGCUGUUUGUUGAUCCCAAGACGACCACUACACGAACAACACGAAAAGCACCUAAAGAUCGCACUUCAUCUGUUUAUUCUCAACAUUCCUCUUUAACUGCUCCUGAUACCUGUUCUUUUCCUGAUUUCGAUGAAGAUGAAGAUGUUCAAAUUUUAUACUUGGUUUCCAAAUUUUACUUCUCUGGAAUUUGUUUUUGAUUAUUUAGCACAAAAGUUGGAUAAUAUUUCUUAUUGGCGGGGAUCCAAGUCACAUGAUGUAUCUAAAGACAAACCGGACAGGCCAGAUGAACAUGGGAAAUCUGGUCCCAAACGCAAGUUAUCUUACUUUGAAGAAUUUGUCUUGGUUUUAAUGCGUCUGAAAGUUGGUUUAUUUGUAAAUGAUUGUGCAUAUAGAUUUGGUAUCUCAAGUGGACAUGUUUCAAAGAUUUUUACUACUUGGAUCAACUUCUUGUUUCAUGAAUUGCCUUCUCUCUUUCCCUUCCCGUCUCAAGAACAAAUCCAAAAGUUAAUGCCAGAAGAAUUUUAAACUGUACCCAUCCACACGAAUAAUCAUUGAUUGUACAGAAAUUUUUACAGAAGUCCCUUCAUCUAUGAAAGCUCAGUCACAAACUUGGUCCGAGUAUAAACAUCACAACACCUGGAAAGCCCUUGUUGGAAAUCUCCUACUGGGGCAAUCACAUUUGUAUCUAAACUGUGGACAGGCCGUGUAUCUGAUUUAUAUCUGUAUCUGAUUUAUAUAUGAUGAUAAUCUGUAUUAUAUUGUAAGUGAAAAUAUGAUUAAUAAUUGUAACACAGUUGCCUACACUUUCAUAUUUGUAUUACAGGAAAGACUAAUAAAAUAUAGUUCUUUAAUUCUAACAGGGUUGCUUAUACAAUAACUCUUUCAUAUUUGUAUUACACGAACAACUAAUAAAAAAUAGUUCUUUAAUUGUAACACAGUUGCUUAAACAACAACUCUUUCGUAUUUGUAUUACACGAAUACUGAUAAAAAAUAGUUCUUUAAUUGUAAUACAGUUGCUUACACAAUAACUUUUCAUAUUUGUAUAAAACGAAAGACUGAUUUAAAAAUAGUUCCUUAAUUGUAACACUGUUGCUUACACAAUAACUCUUUCAUAUUUGUAUUAAACGAAAGACUGAUAAAAAGAUCACCAUCUGCCAUGCUUAAUUUGUGACUUUUGAAUUUGUUUAUAUGGUAUUUGCUCGUCCAUUAUAUUGUAAAUAUAAAUUAAUAGGAUUGAAAUUUAAAAAAAUUGUAUAUAUAGACAUAAUGGAAUUUGCCAAAUGACAAGACUUUGAUUAUUACAGUAGCAUUUCUACUGUAGAUACUAACCAUUCUAAACAGAGUCUUUCCUUUAUUAUUUGAAAUUCCAAUUUUCAAAACAAUUAAAUAUAUUUCUAAUUUCAAAGAAAGUUUCUCCCAGCCACCAUGAGAAUACAAUUUUAGACCUCUUUUUGCAUGCUUUGCGAAAAAUUCUAGCAAUACAGCUCUGCGAUAGAAGAAGUUAAACUGAGAAAGAAUGGAGUUUUGAAAAAGAUGUUCAUCAUACAUAAUGGAUUGAAGGAACAAGGGUUGGUUAUCUCCAAACCACACCACCAUAUCAACUUUUCUUAAUCCAAAGCAAAACAUUUCAUCUUGAAUUUGGUAAUAGGCAUGAGUCUUUUUUAGCUCUACCACAUCUGUCUUUCUUAAAAAAAACUGCUUAUCUUCUACAGCGUCAAUUAGAGAAGAUUAAAAUUCUGAAUAAGGACACUUAAUUUCAAGUCCCCGAGAAUCUUGACCAUGCUUUACAAUACCCUCUAGGGAUUCACCAAGACAAAAAUGAGUACUGGUUACAAUAAGGCCAGGUUCAUCAACAAAAAUUUUAUUGAAACCAUUGCAUAGCAAAGUCUCCAAAUAUAAAGAAGAAGCAUGGGACUCGUAAGCCUUUCCAUGUCAUGUGCUAACAGAAGAGAAAAAUGAACAAAACAUUGACUUUAACUUAGACGAUGGUUCAACAGUAGUGACCUCAGCAGGGUAAGAAUAGACCUUUCCCCUUGUUAUGUCAUGCACUCCUGAGUCCCCGGCCGUCUGUUUACGUUUUAUAUGGUGAUGAAGACACAUUGUAUUUUGCUGCUCAAAAAUUGUUAAAAAUCACAGAAAAUCCAGCGAAUUCUGAUGGCCAGCAGUUGCUUAGUUAUUUUCAAAACUCUAGUCCAGGGAUCAGUGCCAAGGAAGCUUUGGCAACAGAAGAACUUAACAAGAACAGAAUUGUUAUAGGUGCAUUCGGGUCUACAAAUGGCGAUGGCUAUUCCGAAAUAGUAGAUACAGUGGGUGUGAAUGAGACUGCAGUUGGUUAAGGUCCUUGACACUACUUCCAAGUUUAGACGAUCGUUUAAUUAAUAGCCCUUUAACAUCAACAGAGAAUGGAGCAGCGCCCAAGGCAUUUAGGAACAAAAAGAAGGAUACAAACUAUGGAAGGAGGGAUAUGUGAGUGCUGUACUUGUUAUACCUAACAUCAACGGGAAACGUAUGUUAUUCCUUGUGAAGGCAAAAGUAUUUUCAUCAAUGAAGAGUGCCCAGUACAUUGUAUAUGUUCAUUUAGACCAAAUCAAUGGUGAUGUGGUUCAUGCUAAAUGCGACUGUAAAGUUGGCCAAGGAGGGUGCUGCAAGCAUGUCGUGCUUUACUUUAUACUUUACUUGACUUUGUCAACAUUGACAUUAAAGAAAUACCAAGUGAUAAAACAUGCACCACGGUUGGGCAGAAAUGGCAUAUUCCUUCAGGUGCAAGAAAUUUGUUAUCCAUAUUGUUAUCUAUAUCUAUAUAAUGGAUUGAUAAAUAUAUUGUUGUUUAAUGGUAUCUUGUUGUGUUAACGGUACUGUCAAUCAUUUAAUUUCGUUGAGAUUCAUCUCCUUGGAAAUUGAUUAUGUUUUUGCAUUAGUUAGUGGUUUCCCUGUGAGCAGCCCUUUUCGCAAAGGUUUAAAGAAGGUUCAUUUCCUAAUAAACAUCCAUCGAUCUAUUAUUGUUCCUUUCGCCAUACUGUUUUUUGAAAGGGGUUGGCUCAGCCUCUUCAUAUUUCUUUUAAUUGGUUUGUAACUUUUUACUGGUAUUAAGGCUCGUGCUCUUAGAAAAUUAUUCUUAUGAAAAAAUAGUAUAACUGCCUACUAUUAGGUGCCUAAUUGCCGUCCCCCCAUCCGCUAAUUAAUUAUUGAAAAUUUGUCCAAUUGAUUUUGGCACUUUGUGUUAAUUAUUGUAGUGAAAUAUGCGUAACACAGGCUAAAUAUUGUCGAUGAUAAAUAAUAGCUAUAUAAUAGUGAAAUAAGUGUACUUACUUAUUUUAAAUGCAUUUUGAGUGUUCAGUAUAUGUAACUCAUAAUUUAGACCCCUCCGGUAAUUGGAACCCCCCCUCAAAUAAUUUUUGAACAUAAAAUCCGUCCCCUCCCAUUUAUUCUUACCCCCCAGCAGUUAGGCACCAAAGAGUAGCAAUGGCUACUAAAUAAAAAAUAGAUUUUUGGCAUCCUGUAAACCUUUCUGAUAUCUACUAAACUUGACAAUAUGUACAUUUUCCCCGUUUCAUCUUCUUCCCCAUGAUAGGCAGCCAAAAUGUUUUACAUUACAUUAAGUUACGUCUCAAUAAAAGGAAUGAGUAUAUAAAUUUCUCUAAAGUUUGGUGAUUUAUCUUUAAGAAGGAAUGUAAAUUGUCAUUUAUCUUUAAGAAAAUGGAUACAGAAAAGAAAAACAAAAGAGUUGUGGAGGAGAUGGAUGUUUGAUCUCAUGUUUUAUUAUAUCCUUAGUCUUGACUAUGAACAUCUUUGUUUUUUAAUUAUUCCACGGAGAGGCAUGUUUCUCUUAGCAAUGCUAGUGUGAAUCUCACAACUUCUUAACUUUGCUUAAAUUUCACUUUUUCCACCCCAUUGCUUGGACAUUUCACUUUAAUGCAAUCAAUUAAUAGUAUAUCAAAAUUAAUUAUUCUAAAUUGAUAUUUGGGUUUGAAUUUUGUUUAAGACGGAUUAGAAUUGCACAUUUUAAAGUCUUCAUUUAGCGUAAUAUAGAACCUACCAUACCAGCAACAGAUGGCACAGUCAAGCGCCAUUUUGCUAUGAUUUUUAUUUCACUUUUCUCAAUUGCCUAGCAUGAAAAAUAAAACAGUGAUUUUAAGCAUCUUUUUUUGAUAUUUUGAUAUUUAGUCAGUUUGACGACAAUAAUUUGACCCAACCAACCGUUACUCUCUACGUCUCAGAAAUAAUUAUAUAUUUUUAAAAUAUUUUUUACAGUCUUUUGGUAUGAAUUUCCCUUAUCUUCGAGAAGGCUGAAAACGGAGAAAGUUUUGAGGAGAAAGAGAAGGUAUGAUCGCAAUCCUGUGUAUUAUUUUGCAUGAAAAAAAAUCAAAUUGUUCAUUUUGUUAAUAUCCUUCUUAGUCAGGCUAGAAUGUACGUCAGUCGUAACUGGAUUUACUGCUUGAGUUAAUUUUAGGCUGGACUUUACUUUGUUUGCAAUUUCACUUCUUAUCACCAUAUUCUUUGAACAUUACGCUCUGUUGCACUCAAUGAAUAUUGCAUCAAAUGUGAUCAUUCUAAUUUUCUCUUAGGGUUUAAGUUGUCUUCAAGACGAUUUUAAAUAGUAGAUUUCAAUAUCUUCAGUGCUACUAUACUAGCAAAUUAAAAGAUUGUAAUUUUUUCAUUCAACAGUUUUGAUAUUUAGUCAGUUUGACAACAAUAAUUUUACCCUAUCAACCGUUACUCUCUACGGCUCAGAAAUAAUUGUAUAUUUUCAAAAUAUUUUUUAUAGUCUUUUGGUAUAAAUUUUCCCUUACCUUCCAGGAGGUAGAAAACUGAGAAUUCUCAGCGGGGGAAGAGAAGGUAU